AUGCACCCCACUCCGCGCACUCACUCUGUUCGCUCCUUCCCUUUCUCAAAGCUGGCUUCUCUUAUUCACUACUCGAGACUGAGCUCUCGCCCACAGCUCUGGACUAAGCUUCUGCCUAGACCUGUACCUAUCUCUGGCCGUACCGCAGCCGUUGCUAAGCGUCUUUUGAGCUCUACCACAAGAGCUACAGAGCCGCACUCUACCUCACGUGUACAACCAAGACCGAGGCCCGGACUUACCUUUGCUCGACCAGCUGUUCUGAGUAUUCAGAAAAGAUUCUGCCAGAGCGAAGUUACCAGUAGCUUCACAGACAUGGCGUCAGACCGAGACAUUCUCCCCGCGUGGGCCAAGCCCUCCCAUUACGCCAUCUCUCUUCACGACAUCGAGUUCGGCGGAAAGUUUGGCUACAAGGGUACUGUUGCCAUCAACACUAAGAUCACAAAAGACGAUGGCUUCUCUGAGUUGGUGCUCAAUGCCCAUCAGCUCAAGGUCCAUGCCGCAGAGCUGAAGGCUGGCGAUGCCACCAAGUCAGCCAAGGACAUAUCAUACGAUGAGAAGCGCCAGCGCGUCACACUCGACUUUGGUGAGAAGAUCAACUACUCGGGAGAGGUCACCCUGGAGGUCAGGUUCGAGGGCACCAUCAACAACAUUAUGGCUGGCUUCUACCGCUCCAAGUACACACCCAAGGGAGAAGUGCCAGCUUCGGUCGCCAAAGACGACGACUUCCAUUACAUGUACAGCACCCAGUUCGAAGCAUGCGACGCCCGUCGAGCCUUCCCCUGCUUCGACGAGCCCAACCUGAAGGCAACCUUCGACGUCGAGAUCGAGGCCCCAAAGGACCAAGUUGUUCUCAGCAACAUGCCAGAGAAGGAGACAAAGGAGAGCAAGCGCGAUGGCUUCCACACUGUUGUGUUCGAGACCACCCCCGUCAUGUCAACAUACCUGUUGGCUUGGGCUAUUGGUGACUUUGAGUACGUUGAGGCUUUCACCGAGCGCAAGUACAACGGCAAGAGUAUCCCCGUAAGGGUCUACACUACGCGAGGACUCAAGAAGCAGGGCGAGUUCGCGCUGGACAACUGUCAUAAAAUCGUCGACUACUUUUCGGAGGUUUUCCAGGUCGAUUACCCGCUUCCCAAGGUUGAUCUUUUGGCUGUUCACGAAUUUUCACACGGUGCCAUGGAGAACUGGGGUCUCAUCACCUACCGUACCACCGCCGUUCUUUUCGACCCCGAAACGUCGGCAGACAGCUACCGGAACAGGGUAGCAUACGUUGUGGCCCAUGAGCUUGCUCAUCAGUGGUUCGGUAACUUGGUCACCAUGGAUUGGUGGAACGAGCUUUGGCUCAACGAGGGCUUCGCCACAUGGGUUGGAUGGUUCGCCAUCGACCACCUGUACCCUGACUGGAAUGUUUGGGGACAAUUUGUUACUGAUUCCGUGCAACAAGCUUUCGCACUCGAUGCGCUACGCACCUCCCACCCCAUCGAAGUACCCGUCUACGAUGGCCUUGAAGUUGAUCAAAUCUUUGAUCAUAUCAGCUACUUGAAGGGCAGCUCUGUCAUUCGUAUGUUGAGCGCUCAUCUCGGCGAAAAGGUGUUCCUCCAGGGUGUAGCCGACUACCUGAAGGCUCAUCAAUACUCCAACGCCACUACCAACGACCUGUGGUCUGCUUUGAGCAAAGCAUCUGGUCAGGAUGUCAGCAGCUUCAUGGACUUCUGGGUUCGCAAGAUUGGAUUCCCGGUCGUCACUGUUGCCGAAGAGCCCGGCCAGAUUGGCAUCCGCCAACAGCGCUUCCUGCUCGCUGGUGAUGUCAAGCCUGAAGAAGACUCGACAGUGUGGUGGAUCCCAUUGGGACUGCACGCUGGCUCGUCUCCUUCUACUGCGUCUCUUCACGAGACAGGUGCUCUGACCCAAAAAGAGGAGACUAUCCGUAACGUGGAAGGUGACUUCUACCAGCUCAACAAGAACCUCACUGGAUUCUACAGGACAAACUACCCACCAGAGCGCCUUGUGAAGCUCGGUGAAGCCCGUCACGAGCUUACAGUGCAAGAUAAGAUUGGUGUGAUCGGCGAUGCCUACGCUAACUCUAUCGCUGGGUUCGGCUCCACUGCCGGUCUACUUGCAUUAGUAGAGAAGUUCCAAGAUGAGUCGGACUACUUGGUGUGGUCGCAAAUUUUGACCAACGUUGGCAAUGUCCGCAGUGUGCUUUCCAGCAACGAGGAUGUCAGCGAAGCUUUGAGGAAGUACCACCUCAAACUGGUCACACCUGCAGUUGAGAAGAUUGACUGGGAGUUCAAGGACGGUGAAGGUUUCCUUGUUGGCCAGCUUCGCGCGGCCCUUAUCCUGUCGGCCGGUCUGGUUGGCCACAAGGCCACUGUCGAUGAAGCUCUGAAGCGCUUCGACGCUUACACAUCUGGGAACGACAAGUCUGCUAUUCACCCCUCGCUCCGCCGCGCUGUAUUCGGCAUCGCUAUCAAGAACGGUGGCGAAUCUGCCUACAAGGCUGUCCAGAACGAAUACCUCUCGACAUCGUCGAUUGAUGGCAAAGAAAUUUGCUUGGUUACCAUGGGUCGCGUGCAGACACCUGAGCUUGCUCAGGACUUCUUGAAGUUCGUCUUCUCAAACAAGGUGGCCACCCAGGACAAGCACUCUGGUAUCAUUGCGCUGGCCAACAACUCAAAGGUCCGCCCCGAAGUGUGGAAGUACAUCCGUGACAAUUGGGAUCAGACCGUGUACCCUGCUUUGUCGGGCAACUUUGUCGUCCUUGAACGAUUCUUGCGUUUCGGUCUCAAUAAGUUUGCUGAUGAGAAGGUUGCUGACGAGAUUGCCGCUUUCUUCAAGAACAAGGACACCCGUGGCUAUGAUAAGGGUCUUGAGGUCAUCGACGACACUAUCAGGAGUUACGCCAAGUACGCGAAGAGAGACGAGGGUGUUGUCCGGGAGUGGCUGAAGGCCAACAACUACCUGUCGUGA